AUGUUGCUAGUUUCAAAACAGAUAUCUUUUCAGGUAUUGCACUAUGCUUGUGAGCUAUUCGAGGGGCUAAAAGCGUAUCGUGGCGCCGACAACCGUAUUCGCAUGUUUCGCCCAGAGCUCAAUAUGGCCAGGAUGAGAAGGUUCUUUGACCUCUACUGCUCCUUCUAUCGGUGGUGUUUUCAACUGCCACCGCUUAACUAUGUUGUAAACACCAAAGAUGAUCUACGAGAAGUGACUGAUGAGUUGAUGUGCAAAGAUCGCGACUAUAGAGCGUUCGAUAUUCGAAGUGCGCCGCUUCUGAUCGCGGCUUUGUUUAGGUAAAG